AUGGAAACUCUACAAACUUUAACAAAAGUUACUGUGAAUGGGGGGUCUUAUGGGGAGCGUAUAAUUCUAAAUGUUGGUGGAAUUAAGUAUGAAACUUAUAUUUCAACUUUAACGGCUUAUCCGACUACACUUCUCGGAACUAUGUUUCAAGAGAGGAAUAAAGCAUUACUAAAACCGAUCAAUGGAAAUGAACAUUUUAUUGAUCGUGAUGGUAAUUUAUUUCGUUAUAUAUUACAAUUCUAUCGUAAAAACAAAAUAAUCUUGUCGGAAUCAGAUCCGAGUAUAACUCGACAAGAUUUAGAAGAUGAAUGUGAUUAUUUCCAAGUUCCACGUAAUGCAAUUAUAAAUGCUCCAAUCGUAUCAAUACAUAGAAUAUCACCAAUUCGUAGAUUAGUUGCCGAUAAACUUGACAGUUUUGUCAAAACUCUUGAAACAAUAGUUAUUAAUACUGCUAAUACAAUGUUGAAACACCAUUUUAGAGGUUUUAAAUCUACUAUAACCAUUACAUUUGCUCAAGAGAGUUAUAUAGGUGGCAUGACCUCUGUAGUCAUCAGACCAAAAAAUGAUACUCUAAAUAGAUCAACAUGGAAAGUAAUGCAACAUCAUGGUGCAAUGGGUUAUUUUCUGCUGGACCAAUUUGGUGAAAAAAUCGGAAAUUAUUUGACUCAUUCAAUGCCUGAAGUUAGUUGGGAAUUAAAUCAUAAAAUUUAUG